UUUUAUGACGUCAUAAAGCAUGUAGUGAAGUAAACAUGGCGCCAUGAUAGGAAAAAAAAGUUUCAGAAUUUAGAAAUGUAAUACCAUGACAAGUUUUCGAGCAACACCCAUCAGCAAUGAUAUCACCAAAAUUGUAAGGAACCACUAUAACCCAAAGCCAGACAAGCCGUACAAAUUCAAAAAAGUAUGGAACAGAACCAAUACAAAUCUACUGGAGGAGCGGCCGAAGAUGUUAUGGAAACGCCAUUACUUACGUCGCCUAAGCAACCUGGAAAAGGGCUUUCACACCACCCCCUGUGAGCCAUAUCGUGAACUUGGAGGGGAAGUUGUCCUUGACCCUUAUGACCUUGUACUGAAAACCCUUCAAAACACCCUUGAUGACCAGGUUUGGUCUGCACCUCACAAGCAGUUUUAUGAUGCCAAACCAGACCGAAAGAAGAAAAAAGUGUUACCAGUCAUCAAAAUUGAAGGAGAAAUCCAAAGUCCGGACAGAGCAGAGGGACCUGCAAAGUCAGAAGAGUUGGUGUCGAUUCCACAAUUAAACGGUUAUCGCAAGGUCAGAGAGAAACUAGCAGAGGAUGCCAAGGUCAUACGCUAUGUACGAGGUGGUCAGUCUUAUGAGGAAUAUGUCCGACAGCAACAGGAGUUACAAAAGAAGGGUGAAGAUGAGGGCAGUUCGGACAAUGAUAUGGUUCUCAUGUCGAUAAAAGAUCUACAAUUGGGACUGGUUCACAUGGCCGAUUCCGACUCGGAAGAAGAUGACAAUGACAGUGAGAAUGACGACACCAUGUCAUUAUUGGAACAGGAGCAGAUGGAGUCUAAUGUUUUGCGCAGGAUGACAAGGAUACGAAAGUCCUUGGCGUUGCCCUCUAACAUGGAUUUUGAAAGUUUUCCCAGAGUCUUGAUGGAUCCCAUUGAAGAAGGCGACUCCAUGGAAGACCUAGAGGAAAGUUUUAGUCCACUGAUGAAAAUCGCUAGUGGUAUUACGGAAAAGAAGGAAAGAAUUCGCCGGGACCAUCUGCAAUACCUGGAGUGCUUGUACACUGUGAUUGUGUCUAUCCAUAAUAUGAAAGGUCGUGACCUAAAAUCCAAGACUCCUCUGUCUCUAGGCGCAGUGAAGGCACUGGAAAAGUACUAUAACCCCAGCCAUCUCGCACCCGUUCAUACUGGGGAUAGGGAAAGUAAACUGAACUACCUUGCAAUUAGCCGAUUUCAUUCCAAGCUGCAUAAGGUUUCCACUACGACAGUGGACUCUGGUACAGAUGGAGGUAACAACCACGUUAAAUUGCCCGAUCUCAGCAUCCCCCCGGCUGGUCGCAAAGUAGUGGUACAGGAACUGCCAUCAUCUACCAUCUCCAACACUUUUUCUUCACCAAAGGCACCACUUAGUUUUGGAAGGAGGAAGUCUAUGCGUGUUCCGAUGGAGGCUGUUCUGAAUUUAAUACAAAAGAAGAAACAGAUCAUCAUUGAAACCUGGGAGGAAUUGGUGAACUUACAAAUUGGCCGGAAGGCUCCAUCAGCAGGGAUGGGAAUGCAUGCCAACCUCAUCCUUAAGGCCAUGCAGUGGAAGAGAAUUGGCAAUCAGAAUUCUACUUCACCUGGUGGUGGUUCCGCAGCGUCAUCAAGUUCUCCUGGACCGAGUCAAACACCACACGUAGAGGAACCUACCUCUUCAUUUGGCACAGAAAAAAAAGAAAUGCCUCCCUCCAAGAAAUUGCCGAUCUGGCAGCAAGUGGCCAGUGAGAAAUAUCCCAAAUCAUCACCGACCAAAAAAAAAAAAUGUACCAAUACAAAAGACGUAGGCAACUUAGCAUAUAAUAACAGGAAAAAACUUCACAAAAUCCGAUCCACAGUUCAACAGGAACUGGAGGCCUCGCUACAGAAAAUGGAAAGGGAACAGGUGGUGUCCUUCAAGAUGAAAUACCAGGUGUUUGACAAUUUGAGUCCACUCUUUGAGGAGCAUGUCAUCAACAUGCGGAGGGGCAAAACCAAUAUGGCACGCAAUGUCGAUGUUCACCAUGUACCACCUUCUAAGUGGUAUGAUGAGCUGAGAGAGAGAACCUACUCUAUCACUGGACAAUGUGACCCAGAAAUCAACACCAUGCUCAACAAACUCGGCCAAUUCUCUACCAUGCAUACCAAAACCCUUCUACACUCUAAGGCGAAGCUGUGUCUGUUGGUGAUGUCCCUGCCAGCCUACUCCAUCCUCACUAUCUGUAUGCAGAAGGCCAUCAAGUACGUGUUGGAGACCAUCCUGCUGGGAGACCUGGGCAUGUUCAUUGAAUGGCUGAGCCACAGAAAGAUGCCGCUGGUACUGAACCUUGACUCUGAUUUAGAGCAAGAAAGAGUCGAGAAAAAUGAGGAAAACACGGAAACCGAGAAAGAUGUACAAUAACAUUGUUUAAUACUGAUGCAGUUUUGGUUUAGAUUAACAUUGUAUAAUACUGAUGCAGUAUUGGUUUGGAUAAUGUAAAUGGUGAAUUCUUUAAACAUUAUCACACAUAUGUUAAUUGACAAUUGGAGAUUUUUAAGAAUGAAAUCUGUGAUUUGGAACGUCACAGAUAAAUGAUAUAGGAUCAAAAAAAUUCAACCCCUUUAAUAAACGUAAGUGACAGUUUCCAAUUUUGUUUUUUUAGCAAUCUAUUUCUCACAUAAUUGCCUAGUAUUUGUUUAUUUCAAUGGUUUGACUUAUACAUGCUGUUUUAAUAGCUGUGUAGAAAUGACACAAAGUAUCAUUAUUGUACAUUUUUACUAACAAUUUUAAUUUAUUAAAAUACUUAAGAAUUAUUUUUUAAUAUUUGUUCUGUGGUUGGAGUAUGACAAAAUAUUUUACAGUCAGUGCAAUUUCCUUGUAUUUGUUAAUAAGCUAUGAGGUACAACGUAAUGUAUCCAUUGUACUUUUGCUGUGUACUAUAAAUGAGACAAUCUUUAAUGUCACCAGUUACGUGCCAACUUUCAAAACUGUUUUUUAACUUAUACAUAAAUCGGUGCUAUAAUUUCAUUUAAUUGUGCAAUUUUAUAGGUCUGAAUUAUCUUUAUAAC